CUGCGGCGGAGGCAUCGGAGAAGGAACCCUUUGAUAAGGAGUCCAGGGUCUGGAAGCCAGUGGAACUCCCAUCGUCGAUGGGCCAUGGAGAUCGCCGCCGCCCUCAGAAGAUGAGGAAUCCGCAAGGGUCUGCAGCCUCCCGGGCACAUUCCUUUAACAAACGCUCCCACAGUACAGAGCGGCCGCAGAGACAAUUUGGCGGCAAGCGUGCGAGUCCAAUUGCAGCUGCAGCGGCUGAGUACAUUGCGCGGAGCGGCCAGAGAGACGAUUCAGCAGGCGGCGUGCAAGGCAGCUGCAGCUGGUGGCAACUGGGUACAGAGCACAGAAACCACAGAGACAAGUAGGCAGCCUGCGAAAGACACUGCGAGACAGCCGCAGGCAAUGUUUGCGUUCGCUCAUCCCAGUUGGAGCUGGGUCACCGCUGGGCCACCGACACGGAGCGCCCUCGGGGCCGGGAAGGUCGCCGCCGUGCUCGGAUGCCUGCCUGUCAUGAAGCGGUCGAUGCGCGUCUUCCGAUUGGAGCUAGUCGGCACGCGGAUCGCACUCCUUGGACAGGGAAGGUCGGACCGUGACGAGUCAACGUCGCAGUGCCAGCAUCCGAUCACUUUGCCGCCCACGAGCCAGGUGCCCUCGCGUCGCCCUGGCAGGGACCAGCACCCCAUGCUGCUCAGGCGGGGCGACCUCGGGAGCCGCGCGAGCCGCGAGCGAACAGGUGGCGCCUCGCUGCCGCUCUGGCGGUGGUGCGGCGGGCGCGCAGCUGGGAACUGGCGCCUCGGCCUUGGCCGCUGGACUCUGCUCGAAACUGACUCGCAUCGGGCGGGCGUUGAGGUGCAGCUCGUCUCCAGUUAACUCGAGACACGAACGAUCUUCCGGCCCAGCACGAUCCGCCAUCGUCCUCUUGACGCUGGAGUCUUCUUCGGAGCUGUUCGCCACAGCAGCCAUGCACCUGCCUGACAUGCGGCUCGGCUCAUCCUGAGCUGGGACUAGGCUGUCGCCUGAGUGUAGGGACUGGACUGCCGCCUCCUCGCUCCAUCCGCAGCGGCUGCCAGGUUGGCCGCCUGCAAGCGCGCAGUGGCCCCAACCGCUUGGACGCGAGCCUGACACCUCCACUUGCCCAUGCAAAAUAUGCACUUCACAUACCUCGCUUUGCCACCACACCGCGUACGUCCCCAGCCAAGUCUUCGCAGGUGAGUCGAGUGGCACUCGGCACUCGGCGCUGGGCGAUUUUGGAAGCCUGGGCGCCACGGCGGGGCGGCGGCCAGCAGCUAGCAGCAACGGCGGCGCCACCUCGCGACAUUAUCGCCAUUAAGCUGCAAGGCACCGCUAGCGAGGCCCGCGUUGAAUUACCCGCGUUGAGUAGAUUGCGCCCGUGACGACCUCGUCCGCAAUGCCGAGCCCACAUCGCCAAAUGCUCGAGUCGUCACGCGGGCCUGGCGGUGGCAGGGCAGCGCGCGGCAGCAGCGCCCACGCAUGCCUCCUCAAACACGACCUUAACGAAGCUGAACUCACGCAUCUCGGCCGAGGCGCAAGACUGCCACAGCCUGUGGCGCAGGGUGCCCACGGUUCUGCACGUGAAGCGCUUGUCGUGGUCGGCGUAGUUUGUGCUGCGCCAGCCUCUUCUUGGCCCAGUGCGUGCCGACGACGACGCAGCGCAGGGACCCCUGGGCCGUGUGCGAGAGCCGCCGCCGCCCGAGACGCCGAGGCUUCGGCAGCUCUCCGAGCGGCUCGGUCCGGCAGCCCAGGCCAUCGCGGGACAUUUUGGGCGCCCGAUUACCCCUGAUGAUUCGGGGCUCUGAACAUUUUGGCCGACGAUUUGUCCAACGACAUCAGAGCCAAGAAAGGGACUAAUUGCGCAUGUCGAUUUGCAAAAAGUUUGAGGCUCGUCGCAGAGAGCGGUGAUUCUAUGAUUGCUGAUGACGCCCGGCUCCUUUCGCGAAGGCCUCCCUGACAUCCCACGCAUCGGCCGCCCAGCCUCGGCAGGCCGCCUCGGAGCGACGACCGCUCGCUGCGAGGGUCGCGAGGGGGUGCCUCGCGUGCGUGGGGGCGAGAGCAGCCCCCGCCUCCUGUGAGGGCACCGCGGGCACCUGGAGCCAAUCUUUGUUAGUCGCGACAACGCCCGUG